AUGAAGGCAUCUCUCGCUCUCCUUGUGGCCACCUGUGCCAGCAGCGCUCUAGCGAAAUCGCUGGGUGAUACCAAUCCUGAAGUAGACGCGCGGAACGUGGUUACUGGAGUCUCUGGACGCGCCGAAGCUUAUCCUGUGGAAGCUUAUCCAUAUGACGAUGAAAUACUUACUACGGGUGGAGGACCCGGAAAAGGUCAAGACGAUGGCAAGGGGAAGGGAAAGGGGAAAGAUGAUGGUAAGGGCAAGGGCAAGGAUGAUGGCAAAGGAAAAGGAAAGGAUGAUGGCAAAGGAAAAGGAAAGGAUGAUGGCAAGGGAAAGGGAAAAGGAAAAGAUGACGGCAAGGGAAAGGGGAAAGAUGACGGCAAAGGAAAAGGAAAGGAUGAUGGCAAAGGAAAGGGGAAAGGAAAAGAUGAUGGCAAGGGGAAAGGGAAAGAUGACGGCAAGGGGAAGGGGAAGGAUGACGGCAAAGGAAAAGGAAAGGAUGAUGGUAAAGGAAAGGGAAAAGAUGAUGGUAAGGGAAAAGGAAAGGAUGAUGGUAAGGGAAAAGGCAAGGGGAAGGACGACGGUAAAGGCAAAGGGUAUUUAAUUUAA